AAAAAUACCGCAAUUACUAUUUCGACGAUUUGUAGGUUACAGCGAAUUUAAGGUUAUGUAAAAACCCUCGCGGUGCGAUUACGACUUCUGUUGUGAUACAAGAACCCGUUCGAGGAUUUGUUGAUCCUAUCUCGAUUGAAAUUUCACAAAGCUGGGAGCUUUUGUUUUAAGAUUGUUUUAAGGAGAAGGUGUCUCUCAACCUCUGGGAUAAUGUUGCCCGUCACAACAUUAAAUAUUACAAGCAGGGGCAUUUCUACGUCAGCUCCUGUAAAUCAGAUAAUUAAACUAAGUCGAUUGAGAGUAGUAGAUAAUAGCGCAAUAGGGAAGAAAGCUAUGUUGGAAGGCAAGCCACCACGAUGCAUACACAUUUAUAACAAAGUUGGAGUUGGUUAUAUCGGGGAUAGAAUUUUAGUCGCUAUAUGUGGCGAGAAGAAAAAGGGUAUAUUAGUUGGAUUAAAGCAGGUUCAGGCACCUAAAGUUCCUAAAUUUGACACUAAUAAUUUGGUGCUUAUCGAUGAUAAUGGAACACCCUUGGGUACAAGAAUACAAGUACCUAUCCCACAUAUACUUAGAACGAAAAUGAAGGAGAAAACCCAUAGCAAAGGAGCAGAUUAUACCAAAUUGAUAGCAAUUGCAUCCAGAUUUAUAUAAUGUAUAUUAUUUAUCAUUAUAAUGUAU